AGUGUCAGGCUGCAGUGUUCCACGACAGAUAGAGCGUAGAGUACUGAGGUAGAGGAAACUGUAGUGCUGUUCUGCCGAGCAACCAUCAGCGGAACGCCGUCGCAUAAUCACUCAACAUGUGUUCUGGUUGUUUAGGUUGCUGCACGGCAUUGAAGCCGCGAUACAAGAGAUUAGUUGACUCCAUCUAUCCGAUAAAUCCUGAGGAUGGACUCGUUAAAGCCUCCAUGGAGAAGCUUACGUUUUAUGCCGUGUCGUCUCCGGAGAAACUGGACAGAAUCGGCGAAUACAUCGCUCAUAGAGUUCAGCGAGACAUCAGUCGCGGAAGAGACAAAUACGUCGAAAUUUCCAUGGAAGCCAUGGAUUCAUUGUUAGUCGCCUGUCAUUCGCAGAGUCUAAACUUGUUUGUGGAAUCGUUUCUGAAGAUCGUGCAACAUCUCCUCGAAUGUCAAAACCCCGAGUUGCAAUUAUUAGCUACUCGAAGUUUUGUGAAGUUUGCCAAUAUCGAAGAAGACACUCCAUCUUAUCAUAGAGGUUAUGAUUUUUUCGUCUGCAAGUUCGCCUCACUGGCGCAUGAUACGAACAGCGAUCCUCAGAUGAUGACCAGGUUGCGCAUGGCUGGCGUCGAAGGUCUUCAGGGAGUGGUUCGGAAGACCGUCAACGAUGAGCUCCAGGUCAACAUUUGGGAAGAUUCCCAUAUGGGGAAGAUAGUCCCGUCGCUAUUAUUCAACAUGGCCGAGAAGCUACCGUCGUCGGCGGACUCCGACGAGCAAGGCCCGACAAGCAGACUUCUGCGUCAAGGCGGAAUCGACCUGUCUUCUCCGAGUGGGCUCGAUGGUUUGGGCCAGGACGAAUCGAAGCAGAGCCCCGAAUCGUUGGCUAUAAAUUGCUUUCGCGAGAUCAUGUCUCGGGCCACCUACGGACACAUCAAUUCUGUCAUAAAGCCUGUGCUGAUCCAUCUGGAUAAACAUCAAUUAUGGUCAGUGAAUGACAAUACUUUCGCCAUCCACGUCUUCAAGAUCAUCAUGUAUUCGAUACAGGCUCAGUAUUCCUACACGGUGAUCCAGCUACUAAUGGCUCACUUGGACAACAAGUAUUCAUCUCAGAGUCGGACUUUCCAUCUUGAAAGAACGGGCAUCGUGAAAGUUCUCUACCAUAUCGUGAACAUCGCCGCCUCAGAGAGCGUCGGACCUUCAGUAUUGGAUAUAUUUCACUCGCUACUCAACCAUCUCAAAAGAUCGAUCCAACUGGAUAAAGAAGACGAGGAAUCAAGCUUCCAAGAAGCGGUCAUCGAGACGCUCGGCGAGUUCGCCAACAACUUACCAGACUAUCAAAAAACCGAGAUCAUGUUAUUCAUACUCUCCAAAAUUCCACACAUAUCCGAAGGAGAUGUGGUCAGCUCCACGGAGGGAGAGCUGCAGAAAACCAUGCUGAAAUCACUGCUGACCGUGGCAACUAAAUAUUCCACCGUGAACCUCAACCAAGCGCUCCCGCUUGGCUUCCUUCAGUCGAUCCUGCGGAUGUCCUUGGCUCCCGACCCCAACGUUCGAAUUCUUGUUCAAAAAAUUCUGCAAACACUUCUCGACCGUCAUGACAACCUGCCAAAGCUGGAGCUUCUGGGCUUCGUACCUUGCACCGGCGACCCCCUCCCGAGUCUCUCGGUCGAGAAGUGCUCCCGGCAAGAUUCGGUGUUUAUGAAGAAGUACGGCCCCGAAAUAUUGUAUCACAUGUACAGCAACGUUCUACUCAAAUCGAACACAUACGACAAUUUCGUAUCAGUAUACAUCACGAUGGCCCUCAUCGUUAUCGAACUGGGCUCAGAAGAGCUUUUGACCGAGGUUUUGCGCAUUAUGUUCGCACUCCAAGAUGAAAUGCAGAGGGAACCAACGGAGAACUCGGUGUACGUCCAUCGGUUCAUUGCAUCUUACAUUUACCUGGCUUCGAGCCUCACAUCGAUACCGGCCAUGCUGACGCAUGUUAACGAAGUGAUCACGGCGCGGAAGGAAGAAUGUCCAUGGCUCCUCCCGGGACCCGCACCAUCAUCGCAUCCGAACUCGCCCGGGAGCCUCCAACUCAACGAAAAAUACCUCUUCAGCAUGAAAGCCAUCGGAGAAGCGUUGCAUUCAUCCGGCCACGAUACUUCCAAACUCUUCCAACCGUACUCCGCUCCGGUGGCACUGACUUCCUCGGUCGUAGCUCAAAGGACUUUGAUCACAAAAUCUCCUACGGCGACCACGUCGACGGACGGACCCAAAAUGACUGCCGAAAGCCUGAACAGUGCCUCGUUCGACUUGGGCUCUGUCGAUUCGUCACCGGGGACGGCGAAGAAGUUCGUCGACUUGGAGGAAGUCAGUGUAAAAGCUUUCAAAUCGAUGCUCGAAAGGACGACCUCGACUUCCGAGCAGCGUCGAGCUGAAGUCGUGAACGUUUUCAAGACGACACCCUUCAAACAACUUUGUCAAGAAGUUCAAAGCAAUUGUUCCUUCCAAGGCGCUCUGAACGAGAUCUUGGCCUUGGUCCCAUUAGAUGCUGCUGACGUUCCCGCGGAGGUGGAUGAAAAUCUUGCACUGCCUACAUUCCAGGGGCAUUUCCCUGAACUUUUCGUUUACUGAUCAUGAUCAUUGGCGUGGUAUGGGACAACUCCUGUGAAAUCAGGAUGUGUCUCGUUGUUUGUGUUUUUUAACCCUCGGGAGCAGAGUUCCGGUUCCGGAAGAAGCCGAGGUCAAGCUUCGAACUCGAGGGCUCCUAUCAAAUAUGAAACGUACAGAGUGUAAUAAACUGUUAAUUGAGUUCGUCGAG